AUGAAGUAUUUAACAUCUUAGAAUUUACUUUAAUUUUUUAAGAUUAUUGUUUUAAAUAAUUUUUGUUUUCAAUUUUUAAAUUUUUUCUUGAGUUACCAACCCCAACCCCUGAUUGAGAAGAUAUGGAGAGAUAUCAAAAGUUAUCUUAGUUUACAAGCAAUCAAACAAAGGAAUUUGAGGAUAAAUUUUACCUAGUUAGCAAGCAAUCAGAAGAAGGUAUUUGGGGAUAGAAGGUCUUCAGGAAUACGCCGCCGGGAUUUUUUGCCUUCUCGUAGCUCAUAGCUCCCAGAGACCACUUUGUCCCACGCACUUCAAGGUAGGUUAUAUAGGUUAUCUCUAAAGGUAGUUUUUAAUCCAGUGGCCUUCGCGUAUAUAUAUAUCUAUAAAAAAUAAAAUUACUUGCUCAACAUGUAAAAUACUCUCAAAUAGAUGUGAAUCUUGUUAAGUAAACUCCUAUAGAACUUACAAUUCUGUAUUAUUUUCUUGCAAUUGUGAAGCUCAUUUUUAUGAUUCAGGGCUUCCGAUUUGUCAAUAAUGCCAUUAUUCUUGUUUGCUAUGUAAUGCUUAUGGGGUAUAUUAAUGUAUUAGCUGCUAACCUUAAGCAUCAUCUUUUAGAAUAUUAAAUGGAAAGGUCUGCGAAUGUCUUCUUGGAGAUUACGAUAAUGGAUUUUCUUCAAAUUGCUAAUAAUGCAAUUAUACAUGUUUAAGCUGAAAUAAUUCUUCAACAUAUUGCACAUCUUGCGAGUACACAAGACAUUUAGAUCAAAAUCAAUGUCCUUGCAAUACUGGCUAUUUUUAUAAAGGGUUAAGUAAUUGUAGUAAAUCCGAUUCAAAGUGUUAUGAUUGCAAUUUCAAUUCAAAAUUAUGCAUAAAAUGUGAUACUAAUAGCUUAAGAUUAUAGAAAUCUAAUACUAAUACUUGCCAUUGUUAAUAAGGUACAAUUGAAAUAAAUGGAUAAUGUACGAAAUGUAAAGUGA